AUGUUGGUUCAGAAUCCUACUCACACACUCGCGCUCAGCAAGCAGAUACCAGGACGAACGGUCAAUAUCAAGAGCAAUGCCUCCCCGAAGCGCAGAACGAUCGGUCAACACAUGUCGAAGUUGCAGUGUGUGUACGAGGACCAGCUCCCCCAGCCAUCCCCAACAUUUCGCUUCGUUGAGGAAACUCCCGCUGAGCCCGCAGGACCAUCACGUACGACAAGUCAAGACAACGAACCAUCCCCACCGGUGACGAUCUCGUCCAAUCGACUACAAAGUAUCAAGGACCGUGUCGAGACGCUCGGUCGAAUGGUCCAAGCACUGCAGACUCAAAGCAACGUUGGCAGCAUAGCCUCGACCUCACGCGCGCAGUCAAUCACAGAUGUUUCGACCCCAAGCAUCCAGGAACCCGAGCCUCUACAUCCAUUAGACGGCCACCUCUCUGUCCACAAUGGCGGUUUUGCACGCUAUGCCGAGCCAUCCUUCUGGGCGUCCAUGGCCAAAGAGGUAGCUGAGCUCGACGAAGUUCUCGCGAGAGAAGCUCGAUACUUAUUGCGUUCAGGCUCCACUUCCCCUGAGACCGAAGAAAGCUCCGCCGGCGAAUCUGAGGAAGAGCGUCCUGCUACGCAACGCAGAGCGGGUGGCGUUCGCCCUGCCGCACUCAGUGGUCGUUUUCGGCUAGGCGGAUAUGAGUGGGCUCAUGGCGGCGACAUACCGAUGCGUACACUCGCUCAGAGUCCGGAGUUUGCAAGCCAGCUUCCACCAAGAGAUGUUUGUGACCGCUUGGUAGCGAACUACCUACGCGGCUACCACCCGAUCGUGCCAGUGAUCCACGUACCUACCUUCCGCCAGACCUACGAAGAGUUGUGGGAAACUGCGAAUACCGGCGCUCAAGCCUCGAUGUCAUUUGCCACGCUCCUGGUCGCAGUGUGUUAUGCUGGUUCAGUUGCGAGCUCUGGUAACGGUUCCAGCACAACCGAAGGCUCCAGACCACACCAAGUGUCAGACCGUUUGCUCAAGCUGGGAGCGCAAGGAUUGGAGUUGUCAGCUUUCCCGAAAGUUCCAACGAUCGAAACCCUUACCGCUUACCUGCUACUGAACUCGACGUGUAAACGAGAGGAGGAGCCAUUAGCCUGCGUUCCGAUCGUUGGUCUCGCUCUCAGAGUGGCCUUCUUCCUGGGGCUGCACAAGGACCCAAGUCACUAUGGAGACACUGUCCCCGCCAUUGACGCUGAGAUACGACGAAGGGUAUGGUGGCACGUGGUCCACGUCGACACUCUCAUAGCGACUGCCGCAGGUCUCCCACCACUUCUCGACCUUCAGGCGUGGGAUGUCAGAGGGAUCUCUGAGGUUAAAGAGCAGUUUGUUGGCACUCCCGUCGGUGCGAACUACACACUUGCCGUACGUAAUCGCACACAAACUCACCAUAGUGUCGUAGAUCCGAGCCAACCGGGAUAUGACCGAUCGAUGGUAUCUACCACUGGGAUUCUCGCGGCUGGCAAACUCCGAUACACCUUGGUGAUGCGCCGGACAUUGGCACGUCUGUUCUCCAACGUACCGUUGACAACGACCGCUCUGGUCGCGAUGCGAAGCGAGUUCAAGCUACUCGGAGAAGACCUCAACUGGCGCAUCUCUCGCAUACCAGACUCCUCAUCGACAUCAGCUCGGCAGCUCACAACAAGUGACGACUUCGAGAACAACCCUAUCCUCAACAGGUGGGCCAGAUUGCUACUGUCGGUCUACAUGGACCAAGCAUUCUCUAUCAUCUGUCAUCCCGUCCUGCGGUCGCAGCUGGGAUACUUGUGGCCCGAUUUAUAUUCUCACCUCUGCUUGAAGAUCGGACAAAUCGCCUCAACAGAAGCCUUCCGCUGUUUCAACUGGAGCUGGCCAGGCAACCAUCAACCUCUAAACGCCAUCAUGCUCCUCUUAACGGAUCUUUUGGACAAGCCAAAUUCAGCACACGCAGCUCGUUCGAGACAAGCGAUCGACCUUGUCUUCGCGCUUCUUGGUCCUGAUGGCGGUAUCGUGGCGGGAGCUGGUGCAGAGCAUACGAUAACGAAGCGACCACUACUGGAAGGCGGUCACGAGAGCUGGCAGUAUCUGCAGCAGUUCAGAGCAAGGGUAUGGCGAAACUUCGGCCUGGACCAAAGCGACAUCACGACCCGCGAGCAAGCGGUUUUGAUCUGCAGUAACGCUUCGGUGACAGAUGUGAACGUUGAGCAGGGGCCGAUGUGGAGCCAAGAGGGCGCAGAGAUGAUGGACGAGAUGACAGGGUUGGACAUCGGGGAAGGAAUGCAGGAGAAGUUUGGAGGAGAGUAUGAGGUUGGCUCGCCGAAUAUCGACUGGGACUACUUGGAUGCUGUGCUGGCGGGGAAUGUCACGCGUACGGCUGGGGAGGAUGAUGAUAGCUGA